AAUUAAGAAUCUCAGCAUUCUCACAAAGCUGUCUGUUUUCUCGUUUUUACCAUAUAUAUGUCUUUUAAACGAUCCAUUCCUCCCCAUCACCAUACUGAAUCCUGAUAUUGAGCACUGCGGACCUAGACCAAGCAAGGGCAUCAGGACCGGUUUAUUUUUAAAACGCGUUUUAUUUUUCUAACGCUGGAAAACGAACUGUAAGAUUAGCCCUGGCGAGCCGCCGUAGAUAAUGGGAGACAGCAUGUCAAAGAGAUUGAAACUGGUCACUGGCUCGGAGUCGGAGGAGCGCUCUUUUCUUAAUCCUUUCCCUGACUGGGACCAAGGUGCAUUUUCACCCUCACCCUCAGGGGCACACGACACCACCGCUGACCUGUUUGACGCAAAUGGAAAGAUCACUGAGGCCUUCCAAAAGAAAGUGCAGAAUAAGAUCAAAGAUCUCCUUCAGCAGAUGGAGGAGGGGCUGAAGACUGCAGAUCCACAUGACUUCUCUACUUACACAGGCUGGACAGGUAUUGCCCUGCUGUACCUGCAGCUGCAUCGUGUGACUGAUGAUGUCUCUCACCUUCACCGCUCUCUGGAUUACGUUAAGCGUACGCUGCGCAACCUGAAUGGCCGUAAAGUAACUUUUCUGUGUGGUGACGCAGGGCCGCUGGCCGUGGGAGCUGUCGUCCACCAUCGCCUUAAGAACCAAGCUGAUUCGAAGGAGUGCCUCACAAAGUUGCUCCAGCUUCAGCGCUCUGUCAUUAGUCCAGAUUUAGAGAUCCCUGAUGAGCUACUGUAUGGUCGAGCCGGCUACCUUUAUGCUCUGCUGUUUGUCAACAAAGAGAUUGGCCCAGACACAGUGGAUGAGUCCACAAUCGCCAAGGUGGUGACCACCAUCUUGGAGUCAGGAAAAAACCUAUCCAAAGAAGAAAAGAAGACAGAACGAUGCCCGUUGCUGUACGAGUGGCAUAAGAAACAGUAUGUUGGUGCAGCCCAUGGACUGGGAGGAAUCUACUACAUGCUGAUGCAGCCUACAGCUAAGGUAAAUCCUGAUGUACUAACCGAGCUGGUCCGGCCAAGUGUAGAUUAUGUAAGGCACAAGAAGUUCCGCUCUGGCAAUUACCCAUCAUCCCUAAGCAACGAGACUGACAGACUGGUGCACUGGUGUCAUGGAGCACCCGGUGUGGUGCAUAUGCUCAUCAUGGCCCAUAAGGUGUUUAAGGAUGAUAAGUACCUGAAGGAUGCAGUAGAGUGUGGCGAGGUGAUUUGGCAGAGAGGAUUACUGCGGAAAGGAUAUGGAAUCUGUCAUGGCGCUGCUGGCAACGGCUAUGCUUUCCUGUCUCUGUACAAGCUCACGCAGGAGCAAAAAUAUCUCUACCGUGCAUGCAAGUUUGCUGAGUGGUGUUUAGACUACGGAAAACACGGCUGCCGUAUUCCAGACCGACCAUACUCUCUGUUCGAAGGUAUGGCUGGAGCGAUCCACUUCCUCUCGGAUCUGACCCAGCCCGAGGCUUCCUGCUUUCCUGCCUUUGAACUUUGACCUGGGCAUUUGGGCGCACUGACUUCUAUUUCUCCUUUGUUUGGAGAAUUCUGAAUUUAAAAUUGAUUUUUUUUUUUUUUAAUGCCGCAUCUUUUACAAAAAAAACUUCUGGAUUGAAAAAAUCCUUCAGCCUAUAACUCGAACAAGCCGCCUUGAGUUGCAUCACUGUAGCUUUUUUGUUUUUGUUGUGCUACUUUUAUAAUACGUAAUUUGUGUAAGUGAUCUUCUUGUUUAUUAUUUUUAAUAUCAGUUUUAUUCUUGUGAUGCAUGCUAGUACUCUAAUUGUGUAGAAGUGCCUUGGUUUGCCUUGUGUUUGUCCCUGACCCUGUUGUUUUAUGUGUCAAGUCCUGUCCUUCUUGUUUUUGCAUGAGGUUGGCUGAAAUGUGCCAAUGUACGCUUGUAGCCAGAUGAUUAAUGUCUGCGAUCAGUAUAGUACGCACAAUAGUGUGUGUUCCAAAUGUCUGUACGGUGGUGUUUUGUUGCUAUUAAAAACUGGAGAGACGACUGUACAAAAUGAAGAGAAAAUUAAACUGAACCUUUUCCAGUAAAUAUUGUUCCCUGAGGUGGACGUUGUUUUGAUGAAUGUUGCAAUAAAUUCAACUCUUUGAACUAAA